AGCUUCCGGGUGUGACGACUUGUCCACUCCUCCUGCGUUUUGUGAGUCCCGUCCUAGCGGGUGGCGAACAGCGUGCAGCGGCGAUGUCAACAACAUCGGUCAGUGGGUCAGCCCGUCAAUGAAGAUACUCAAGCUCGUUACGGAACCUCACACCUAAGGACUGACAUUUGAUACAAUUCAUUUCUACCGGUCCAUUUAUGUCAGCAGGCAUUCAGGGGUUAAGGGUCAAGAAAAUAACUAACUAGUGUUACUAGCGGUAACGUUAGCCCAUGUUAGCUAGCGCUAGCAUGCUAGCUACGAGAGGAAAAUGAGAGUGAUGUUACUCAGCUCACAGCACAGAACGAGUCGGGCAGAGAGCAAGAACAAUACACGUAGAACCCAGUGAACCAUGAUCACCACAGAGGCUGCCAGAGAGUUCCAGGCCAAAGAGCGCAGACACAAAGAGCAGCUGAGGAGAUGUUUAUCAUCUGCUUUAUCUGCAGACCUUGACAGGUUGCUGCAGGAGGAGCUGGAGGCGGAUGUCUCUCUGUACGCUGGGUCCGGCUCGCUUCAGGCUCACAGAGCCGUGCUCUUGGCCAGAGCUCCUCAUGUCCUUCAGGGACAGACACACAAAGGCCCCUCCGCUGUCCAUCUGUCCGGCUAUGAGCUGUCCGGGUUGAAGGAUUUCCUCAGGCGCCUGUACACAGCAGACCAGAGCACGUGCUCGUCUGAAAUAAUCCCAGGCAUGGAGGGCUCGGCACCACAAAGUACCUCGCCUGUCCCUGACCCGGCGGACCUUCAUAGUUCCUAUGACUCAGACGCUGCUCUUGAGCCGGCCUCGGGCCUCGGAGCUGACUUGCUGGAUCUGUACCAGAGGGGGGAGCAGUGUGACAUCACCAUCCAGGUAGCGGAGCAGGUCUUCUGCUGCCACAGGGCGAUCCUGUGUGCGCGGUCCCAGUACUUCCGAGCCAUGCUGAGUGAGAGUUGGAUGGAGAGCUCCAGACAGUGCAUCACUCUGCACGGUUUAGGGCCAGAUGAGAUGGAGAUCCUGCUCCAGUUCAUGUAUGGGGCCAUCGUGGAUCUGCCACCUGGAGCCAGUGCCAGUCAGGUGGUGCUGGCAGCAGACAUGUUGGGUUUAGAGGGACUGAAAGAUGUGGUGGAGAUGGUUCUGACCCGGGACUACUGCCGCUUCUUCCCCAAGCCAAUCGACGGGGUUCAGAAAACGGUUCUGGAGUGUCUGUCGCUCACGCACGCCUUAGGCCUUCAGAACCUCCACACGCUGUGUAAGAGGUGGGUCGCUGAUCACUAUGUGAAGACCUGGUGCGAGAGGAACUUCUCCCUCUUGUCCCCGGAGCUCCACGGAGCCUGUCUAACGGCGGUAACUGAGACCAUGACUGUGCAGAAUGCGGUGACCAUGCUCUGUGGCACCGAGCAGUUGAUUGGCAGCCUCCCGGAAGUCAAGUGGGCCCAAAAGGUGAGGAGUCUCGCCACAGAGCUCCAGGAGGAGAGCCUGCAUGUCAUCGUCCAGCAUCUCCCCAGAGUCAUCCACACUCAGGCCUUCCAGGACCUCUGCAGGAGGGAAGAGUUUACCCGUGAGCCCACGUUGUUGAAGAAGCUGUGUUCGGCCAUCAGAGAAGGUGUGGCUGUCGACAACUGCUGUGAUCUUUUCGCUGCUGUGCACUAUCUGUGUGGAGAUGACAUGGAAGAGGACGGGGGGCAAAAACAAGAGGAGCCAUUCAGGCAACAGAUUUGUACGCUGCGCAGUCGGCUGUGGACCUUCCUGCUUCAGACCUUUUACGCCGUCCGCCACACGCAGGGAUGGGAGACCCUGUCCUCCAAACACAGAGAGAGGAUACUGGCAGAUGCCAUUGAUAAAGGGGACAAUCGAAGACUUGGCAAAAAGCCUGUAUUCACGAGCUCCCAGUCGAGGGCGGUAAAAUGCCCUUCAUCUGCACCUGAGAGUCCUCCUGUGCACAGGACACAGAGGGUGUCCGAAAACGCAACUUCUGUCUCCCGUAGCGCUGCAUCAGCCAUGAAGUCCGAUGGACUGGGGACAGCCACCAAACCGGGAGAGGGUCCCACGUCCAAGGCGAAGAAUGCGAAGAAGCCAGGGGACCGCAGUGUAGCCGCAAAAGCAAAGACGGCGUCAGCUGGCACGCCGGUUGUCAAUGGCACAGGAGCCGCGGGGGCCAGGCGGGACGUAGCCAGCGCCAAUGGCCCCAGGAGCUCUCAUGGCGCUAGGGAGCAGGAAAAGAAGCCAAACCCUGGUGCAAGGCCUAAAACGUCUCCCCCGAGCUGCACGUCUACAAGCCAGACUGGGGCAGUGAAGGCUCAAAAGAGCUCAGCGGGAAAGUCUGACAGCACUGUUGGCAACAGCCACGCUCAGCCCAGCGCCUCAUCCACAUCAGGCAGCGCCUCGCCAGAGAACGGUUCCAGCAGCCCUCGCAACGACACCCACUCCAUCCCAGGUACAAAGCCCAAACAGCAGGCUAAGGCAGUGAACAAAUCCCCACUGACGAAACCUCCUCAGAAAUCGGAUACAGCAAAGAUCAGCAGUCCUACCAACAAGUCCAGUGCGAGAGAAAGUGGCAAAGUCAAGACUGGUGCAGCAGAGAGAGCGUCCAGCGGAGUGACGGCAGCAAAGGUAGACGCCAAGGGACGAGGCACACCGGACCACCACGUCUCUAAGCAUGGAUCCUCCAUGAAAAAGCCAGCCUCCCCCAGGAGAGAAGACGGCAAAGACGGGUUGAAAUCCUCAGCGCCAGACAAAGCAGCCGGUGAAGCUCAUAAAAAGAAAAUCACCAAACCCGCUUCGGUGACUGGAGCCUCGGCUAAAUCCAGCACUAAACCACCAAAAGCCUCUCAAGCCCCCUCCAAGCCAUCUUCAGUUGUAGCUGCCAAGUCUGGGCCAAAGCCGAAAAGCGCUACUGAUUCAUCUGCAGAGAAAGCUUCUCCGAAAUCUGGAGGACAUUCCAAAACCUCAGCUGCAUCUGCCUCCAAGAAAUCGGGAACCAAAGGAAAAGAGGCAGCGAAUGGUAAUAAUUCAGACUGUAAAACCGAGCUUGCACCAACUGUAAACACUGGGAAUAUGGCGGUGCGUGAAGAAAGGCAGGAGGUAUCGCUGUCUGACCAGCCUGCAGCACGCAGCACACAGCCAACAAGCCAGAGUGGAGGGGAUCCACUCAGCCUCAAACUAGAAUCAAGCCCUCAGCAGAGUCUCCAGAAGACUGAAAUACUGUCGCAAAGCACUACGAGUGCACCAGCAGCUCACAAGCCCCCCCAUGGCAAAUGUGCUAACGCAGACACUUGCAAGCACACUGAAGGGAGUAAAGUGAAACCAUCUCUGAGCGGUGUCAUCCCAGCUCACAUCAGCGGAGAGCAAGCUCACGAGGUCGGCUCCCCAAAUUCUUCCAGAGACACCGAACGGCCCGUAGACACCUCAUGCAGCAUGGGAAGCACUGACACUCCCUUAGAGGACUCCUCCUGGAGCGGCAACCACCAUCAGGUCAGCCCGGGGUCCGAGACCGGCAGCACACACACCACGUCCUCCGACGACAUCAAGCCCCGCUCGGAGGACUACGACGCAGGGGGCUCGCAGGACGACGACUGCUCCAACGACAGGGGCGUGUCCAAGUGCGGCACCAUGCGCUGUCACGACUUCCUGGGCCGCAGCAGCAGCGACACGAGCACCCCGGAGGAGUUGAAGAUAUGCGAGGGCGGGGCGGGGUUGAGAGUGGAGGUGCGGCUGCGCGGGCGGGAAGCAGAAACCACCAGCGAGGAGGAGGCGGUAAGGCAGCGUCCUCGCUCCUGGUUGCAUAGAGACGAGCUUCCCGACGAGGAGGAGCCCUCAGAGGUCGAGGCCACCGUGACGGUGAAAAGCGUGCCCGACCCGCAGCUCUUCUCCUCCGAGGAGGAGGAAGAAGAAGAGGAGGACGAAGAUGAGGCCACAGAAGACGAGAGGUCCGAAGUUGAGGUGAUUCCGGGCCCGCUGCCGCCAACUGAGCCCUCGCCGCUCUUCCAGGGGAUCGUCAACCUGGCUUUCGACGACGACGGCGUGGACCAGGAGAACGACCAGCCCGACUACCAGUCUUCCAACUUCCGUCGCUCAGUGUUGCUCUCCGUCGACGAGUGCGAGGAGCUGGGCUCAGAGGAGGGCGGCGUCCAAACUCCGCCUCAACAGCCCGAUGACGCGGCAACCCCCUGUGACGUUUUUGAGUCCGACUCUGCAGCGCCUCGGUCCAACUGCGCCCCCGCCGGUGACCAACAGAACCACCUGCCGGGCCACCUUACAAGUGCAGAGACGGAGCGCGGAAAACGCAUCAAGGAACGGGAAGACAAAUCCUCCGUGUUCCUCACAGAGAUCCGGGAGCUCGCACGGGAUGAGGCCGAUGGAGGGAAGUGCAGCGGCCCCCUCCCGGACGCCGACGCCAGAGACCUACCUCCCCAGGAGCGCCCGUGCCACCUGGAUCUGCGGCACACUGAACAAUACAACGGAGGGCCGCGUAAAAAUCACAGCAACCCUUCAGAAAGCAAGAAAGCUGAUUUACAUCUAGACUUAAAUGAGCCUCAGCUGACAGGGGAGUCUCCUGUACAUGCUGCACAAUCUCCAGCAGGGGACAAUGGUUGUGACAGAUUGGAUCAAACCGGCAAACAUGACCGCCGACCGUCCAAAGCCCUCUCCCCCAUCUACGAGACGGAUGUGGGAGAAGCGUUUGAGCGCUGCUCGGACAAGGACAGGAAUGUUAGAGAGGAGGAGGAGGAGGAGGAGGAGGAGCAGCGGCAAAGAGGGGACGAUGACAAAAGCAAUGAGUUCGCCGAGCGGGACUGGAGCCUGCUCAGGCAGCUCCUCUCGGACCACGAGUCCAACCUUGGCAUCAUAAACCCCGUGCCCGAGGAGCUCAACCUGGCCCAGUACCUCAUCAAGCAGACGCUGUCGCUGUCGCGGGACUGCUUGGACUCGCAGGGCUUCCUGUCCUCGGAGAAGGAGACCUUCAAGCGCUGGGCGGAGCUCAUCUCGCCCAUGGACGACUCCUCCACCAGCAUCACAGUCACCAGCUUCUCCCCGGAAGACGCUGCAUCUCCACAGGGGGAGUGGACCAUCGUGGAACUGGAAACUCAUCACUGACUGCAAAGAGAGAGAGAGAGCCUGCCUGACAGUUCACACCUUCUCUAUGAACGUCUUUACAUCAACUUUGUCUUAAUUCAUUAUGAUUUAUAAUCAUGCGCUGUCUGUCUUUUUGACAUGUCUUUUUUUCCGGACUCUGCAGAACUCUGGGCUUUGCAGCAGCUUAUUUGCAAUUUCCAAUCAUGCCCUCGGUGGACUGUUUUUUUUUUUGACACAAACGGGCUGUUAUGCAUGCUAUUUUUGUAUGUCUGACUGUUUAAUUGAUGUUGCUUCGAAGCUCUAGAAAAGAAUAGAGUAAGAAAAAAAAACACCUCUUUCUCAUGACAGUCUUCUGAUAAUAUGGUUGACUGAAGUUUCUUAAAGAAAAAUAACAAGAUUGGCCUAGUGGCUUGCAGUUAGUGUCAUAUUGAAAAUAAAGGUUUGUGUUUAUUGAAAAAAA